CCAAUAAGCCCGCGAUAGCUCAUUUUUUGCGCCGGGCAAUCUCUUGUCAGCACGCGUGCGACGGCAGUAUAAUGAACACGUACAUGGCUUCUCCUGCCCCGGUUAACGACAGCUAUUUUCUUGGGAACCACCGCCACACCUCUCUAGCCCUACCCCACCCAGAGCAGGACACUUACUCAUCGCCAUAUACAUGCUCACCAUCUGCCGCUUGCACAGAGUUUUGUACACCGCAUCUGCAUACUGCGCCGUCCCGUUGCGAUUGGCAUAGAAAGAACGCGCACCAGGACAAGAUACAUCACAAAGCCUAUCCCUCGCCACCCUUGACGACCGCUGCUUUACGAUCUACCGUCUCGCUUCCGGACGUCACCCUCGACGUUUCCCUCGAAUAUUUGAUGUGUGAGCGCUCCGCUGAACUGACGCGCCUGAGCAGUAUGUCUCCGGAUAUACGCGAACCAUUGUCGCCUCCUCCCACGGACCGCGUUCAUACCCUGCAGCUUCCUCCCGAUCCCACAGAAUGGACUUCAACAAACCUUCCUUUUGGAAGCGGUAGAUUUCCGCAGGACUCACAUCAAAGAGCAAAGCAUUAUGACGAGCUGCAUCGUGAGCAUGUGGCGCACUGUAGCUUCGACCAAAGCUGUGACCAUCCGCUGCAUGGGCCCGAGCCUGGACCGUCAUCGUCCCGCGGUUGGAGCUUUGAGGGCAACCUUUCCGAGCUUAGCUCAGUUCCAGAGGACUGCGAGAUGCAGAUCGGCCGCUCGCCUGUGCGCGCCGAUUCUGGCUUUGAAGAGAGCUUGCCACAGCGCAAGUCUAGCACAAGCGGGCUUCCCGAGCUCUCAGAGGAGGCGGACACACAGUACUCCAAGCUUGAGCCGAGCGCAUACUGGGCACCCACCUC